UCCGUGAAGCCGCUCGAGAACGGGAGGCGUGCGCUCGAUGAGGCGUGACGUUUUUCGACCCUAGCUCGGACCACUACAUUAGCAAAGGUGGAUUGGUACGCAGGAUAUGAGCAGCUUGUCAAGCGCAACCUGACUCUGCUCCCCCAAGAAGAAGCAGCGCAACAGCAGGAGCCACAGUCACAACAGCUGGCUCAGCCGCAACAGACUGAUAUAAUGACGUCCAUGUUUGAACAACAAAUCAAAAGCGAACCCAUGGGGUUCUAUUCUGUUGCGUCGAGCCGCUCGGAUGGUUCCAAUUCUAUGGUUAAUUUAUCGGACGAUCGCGAAGACCUAUCACAACAAGAGGAUCAUCUUCAGUCCCAGCAGCAAGCGACGCUACAAUUAAGCCAGCAACAGGGUCAACAACAAACACAACAGAGCCAACAGACGCAACAGAGUCAACAGCAGCAGAGUCAGACGGUGCAACAAGAAGUUCCAAGCCGCCAAUCGACAGGUCAACAAACGGUUAAAGAAGGUUCCCGGUCAAAACCGCAACCUUGUAAGGUAUGCGGCAAGGUGCUAUCCUCUGCUUCGUCGUACUAUGUACAUAUGAAACUUCACUCGGGCAACAAACCAUAUCAUUGUACCGUAUGCGAGGCAAGUUUUUGUCGGAAGCCAUACUUGGAAGUGCACAUGAGGACGCACACAGGAGAAAGACCUUUCCAGUGUGAGCUGUGCUUGAAAAGGUUUACUCAGAAGAGUAGUCUUAAUACUCAUAAACGGGUACACACAGGAGAAAGACCUUAUGCCUGCGAUAUUUGUCAGAAACGUUUUGCGGUGAAAAGUUAUGUGACAGCUCACCGUUGGAGCCACGUAGCAGAAAAGCCUUUGGUGUGCGACAGAUGUUCGCUCACCUUCACGUCCAAGAGUCAAUUCGCAAUACACAUCCGUACCCACACAGCAAGUACCACGUACGAGUGCAACAUUUGUGGUCGUACAUUUGUACGUGACAGUUAUCUUAUACGGCAUCAGAAUCGAGUACACCGUGAUAUGAAUCAAAGCAGUACAAAUCACAAUCCACCUACGCCACAGAGUACAGGCGAUGGGACACCAGGUACAGACUUCGAGAGUCCAGUUUGUGAUUUACGCUACAGCGAAGGACCUUCUUCGUUGGAUGGGUUAGCAGGUUCUAAAGGAGGCAUCGCAGCUGAAAUCGCAAGUUUAGCCAAGCAAAAUAAUCUUCAACUUCCUCUACCGCUGUUACAUCCGCAGACUACCAACUAGUGUUUAGACGGCAGCGUGUCCGAGUCCCUACCACAACACCAAUCACCGCAGCAAGUAGUAUGUCCCACCUCGGCGUCUUCGCCGUUCACACUUAAUUCACCUGUGUCUCACGAGCACACCACACCGCAGAGUGUCUACCAAACGACGGGCUCAUCCAGCUCGCUGGACAGCCUCAGCUCCCAACUCUAUCCGCAAAUUUCAUCGUCCCCUAUAGAAUCAUCGGAGUCGCAUCAUCAGUCGCAUCAACUGCAACGCGGCAUCCCUCCGCCAGGGCUUCAUCCUGCACUCUAUUUAUACGCUCAGUACUCGAACGCGAGUUCCCCGAUCUCGUACCCCGAAUAUAUUCAACGCAACAAUUGAAUUAGCCAGUUUAUGCCAGCAAUGACGAUUUUUACCACGAACGGAGUGGACGAUCAGCGCGAAAAAUCACGGACUCUUCGAUCGCGUGUCAUUUAAUGGUGCUGGUUAAACAAAGUGCCUAAAAAAGCAUCCGCUUUCUGGAUCGUGACGGAUGCUUAUACUCGAUCGCGGAUUGAUAAACGCUAAAAAGAAUUUUCACGCACCGAGGUUAUAUUUCGAUUCUUUUUUUACUAUUUUCCUUUUCUUUUUAUAACGGAAAUGAAUGGAUCAAUUGUAAAUUGAUUGCCGUUUUGCACGUAUCUCACCGAUGCAUUUUGAUCCAUCUAAUGGACAACCACGUUGACGAGCGUAUUUUAACGAGAAUUAAAUAGCACCGUUCGAAGGGACUUCUCCUCGUUUUUAACCGUUCUGUCGUGGUACAUCGAUGUUAGCAUAAACUAAAGAAAAAAAAAAAAAACCGCGAGCAACGUUUCUACACGAGUUUUCCAAGUUUCCGCACUUCUUGAUUUACCUGUUUUUUCCAAUCACAUCUGCGAGUACAUAUACAUAUAUAUAUAUCUAUGUGUGUAUAUAUAUUAUGCGCGAGAAACCAUUACACAUACACAUAUUUAUAUUAUAUUUUUAAAGGAGUUUAGUCACUUGGAUCUGUGAUAUAGAUAGUAAUUAUUGUCUACAAUGUUUAAAACUAUUGGUUUACUAUUUUGAUGAUAUCAAAACAAGGAAAAAAAAGAAAGAAAGCAAUGUCACGGAGCGAUGUAGCUAUCAGAAUUUAAACGGACAUUGGUCUCUACCGAAGGUGUUUGGUAGACACCCUACUACUACUUUUACAGAACAAACAAAAACAACAACAUUACUAUACUAAUGCUACUACUACUAUUACUACAGCUACUAGUACUACUCUUACUAAUACUAUCAUUACCACUUCCACCACCACCACCGCCACCGCCACUACCACCAAUACCACAACCACCACCAUUUUCCCAACUAUAUAUUACUCUCGCUAUUAUUAUUACCACUACUACUACUACGACUACUACUGCUACUGUUAUUAUUAUUAUUAGAAACACGCAAACGUUACUUCGUUUUAGCGCGUGUGUCGAUAGGACCUGUAACUCAGUCGUCAUGGUUUCUCUUUAAUUUAUAAUUUUAAGUUUGUUCUUCUUCUUCAAUUUUGUUUCCUUCCUUCACCACCUUCUUCGCUCUUUUCUUAUUUCCCUAUACUAAUUUUUACUAUACCUCGCGUGUCUGAGACGAUAGAUACGUGUCUCGGUGUUAAUAUUCUUUUACCACGUAGGACUUUACUCUGUACAGCUUUGAAUCAGUUCCAUAGGUGUACUUACUUUUCACAUAUCGAAGUGUAUUGUACACACAAGAUACAUAUUGUACAUACGUAUACAUAUACAUAUGGGUGUAUUAUAAAACGACGAGCGGAUGUGCAGAUCGUAAGAUACUAAAUACUAAGAGUGUAAUAGCAGGGCUGUUGAUUUUUCUUUGACUACUAUUAGAGAUUAGUUUUAGCGAUUACUAUUAUUACUAUUAUUAUUAUUACUAUUACUAUUAUUAUUAUUACUACUGUUCUGGUUAUUACGAUUAUCAGUAAUCUUUUUAUCGCUAACGCCACAAAAGCUUAAAACGCAAAAAGCGGGGGAACCAUGACAGCCGCGAGUUCAAACUCGAAAAUUUUUCGUUUCCUUCGAACAUUUUGCGCACAGAUCAGUGCGGUGUCCGUUCGUUUCGCCGAUCAAACGAAAAUAGACGAGAUCUCGAAUUGUGCACUAGCGCGACACGCGUACAACGUGUGCGCGCGCACCAAGUGAUUUUGAAUCGACAGCGGCAAAACAAAAGGUAUAUGGUUUUACGUCGAUUAGAACUGUGAUGGAAUUGUGCUCGCCAGGCAGUUAUUCAAUUUACAAUAUUGAAAAUUACUGAAUUUUCAUAUUUCAGCAUCCUCAGAUUUUUGUAAUUUCUCAAAUUAUCAAAUUUUUUAAUCGCAAACUUCUGAACGCUGAAAUUUCCUCGAGUUAAAAAUUUACAAGGUUCUCAAAAAUUUUUAUCGCGACUCAUCUUAGUGCAUGCGAGUGUCCGGCGAGCGCGGGCCAUCAUCGAGAAAGGUAAUCAAAAGGAAGAAACGUAACAGAACGGAACCAAAAGAAGCUAAAAAAUCGCAAAACGAGAGAAUAGUAAAUCGCGCUAGCGUGCCUCGAACCUUCUUGUAUCGUAGGUCCUUCUCGACGAUCUUUUUUUAGUCUUCACGUUGAACAAAAAAGGAAGAACAAUUCUCUGCGCGCGUAUGCCUGAGGCUUUUGAUUUAAAUGAGACGCGAAGUCAAGUCACCGGGCAAGACUGAUUUACUCGCAAGGGAUUGCGAACACAGAAAGAGGAAAAGAAAAAAAAAAGAAAUAUUCUUUGUUCUCCUUGUUUGUUGUUUUCGUUGGUAUUUUACGUGCGCGUGGAUGUGUACAUAUAUUUCUAUUUUAUAGAAAAGCGGGGAGACGAACGACGCUUUCCCGUUUCUUCGCGAAGGAAAGUCGAAGAAAGGGGAAAAUGUCGGUAAUCGCGUUUUGGCUCGGGAAACCAGGUGCAAUGAGAGAACGAGGAAAAGAAAAAAUGAUAAAAGCGAUGAUCUUCAUGCUGGCUAGUCAUUGUACAGCUCUAUGAGAUGCUAAUCGUACUACAAAAGCUGUGAUUUAAAGCCUCCGUGCAUAUGGCCGCGCAGCUCCUAAUUAUUAUUAUAGUGAUAACAUAUUUUGUAGCUUGUUACAACUGUAAGUACAGUAGGUAGCUAGUAGGGAUACCUAAGUAAAACAAAAAAAAAAAGAAAUAAGAAGGAA